AAAUAGGCCCUUUGCUCGUGUUGAACUUUCUUGUUCUUCUAUCAUUCUGUCUUCACCGGGGAUUCAUGACGAUUGUCUCGCCAAGCCAGAUCCUGUAUCAUCCUGCCUGAGGCUCCAACUGGGGAUCGCAUUCGUCUGAACAAUCCUGAAGCGGGCCUUUCUUUGUGCUGAAGCUGCCUUGUUUGCAGUUUGCAGUUUGCGCCGUGCAGACGACUGAAAAGUUCACACGUUCCGUGUUGCUACUAGUCUUCAAACAAGACAUCACUUGCAUCUACCGGGAUGCCUCCUAAGAAGCGCACUUCCACCCGGCGUACCGGGGCUUCAGUGGCCCGGCCGACUGGCAAACAGCCCUACAUUCUAAACGCCCCCGCGGCGAACCCCGUCUUGCCGGACAUCCCCGCCAAAAACUCGUUCGCCUACGGUUCGUCUACGACGGCCAUUCUUCCUCGCAAGCUGACCGUGCAGCCCAAAAGGGGUCUCGCCGAGAUCGCCAAAACGAUCGAAGAGGGUGUGAAGGAGGCGGAAGAUCGCGCUAACGAGUCCGCGGGGAACACCCGUUCGCAAAACAAACCCAAGUCGCCCAGCCCGUCACCGGUUCGAAGAUCAAUACGCGAGCCGACGCCGGACCAGCAGCUUUUCGAUAACCUGCGCUCAGCAACCCAGUCCCCUCACUUCCCUGAUGACGUGCAAUCAGGUUCCACGCCUACGCCAACCCCGCCUGUUCCACAUACUCUUUCUUCGGCGUCCAGCCCGGCCACUCAGAAUUUCGCUCGACCUACAGAUACGCUCUAUCCCUCGCCGAUGAUGCGGUUCGGAUCCGCGGCCCCGAAUACAACCGGCCUCAGCUCACCUCAGUUUCAGAGUUCCCUUGACAACGAAUCGGUCAUCUCGUUCAGGGUCGAGCGCGACGUUCAUGAGGACAACCUGCAAAGAACGCGGGGGAACACCUUUCGAGACGAGCCACAUGGACAAAAUAUCAGCGCGCCACCUCGUCGAUUUUCCGGACUCGCUUUUGCUAAUGAGGUUAUCGAAGAGGUGGACGAGCCGCCAACGCGACUGUCAAUUUCAAGAUCGCGCUCACCUGAAGUGGUAGCUCAGCUUAAGCCUGAGCCUGAGCCCGAGCCAGAACCAGAACCAGAACCGUACCUAGAACCAGAGCCCGAGCCCGAGUUAGAGCCUGUGCGAGAACCCGAACCGGAGCUUACACCUGUUGUCCAGCCUGAGCCCUUACCGCAGUCUUCCUGGGACGCUGUCAAAGCUGUUGUCCCUGACCGCAUCGCACGAAGUCUUUCACGGGAUCCGUCAUUACGAGGCUCUUCGAAACGCGCACCCUCAUUCCGUCAAACCAUGUCGCCUCCUCCCUUGCCACCGCAGCCACAGCGCUCUAAACAUUAUGAAGUUCCUAUUCCUUGCUUAGAUGGAUGGGCGCUCAAAGUUCCCAAAUCUGCGGUUCGAAACGCGGUCGUCAUAUUCUUAACUGCCAUGUCCAUCCUUACCAUAAUGAACACCUCGUGCUGCGUCGGCUGGCGCUAUCCGUUUGGAGGAUCACCCGUUCUUCCCGUCAACGCCACAGGCUCCGAGUCCGUCAAAAUUCUGACCAACCACGUCCUGCGUCUCGGGAAUGAUGUGUCGUCGCUUUCGAAGGAAAUGCAGAGGAUCAAAACCGAGGCGCCUCCUGAGGCCACUAAAAUUAUCGAGCGAUUACCCAAACCGGAGCUCGGGGGACCAGGGCAACCAAAUUUCUUCUCGCAUGGUAUGGGGGCUAUCGUUGACCCCCGCCUAAGCAGUCCAACAUAUUCCGUGAAGGACAGCUAUUGGCAGACCGUAAGCUCCUAUUUCAUGAACAAGAAGUACCAGAGCCCAGCAUCGCACUUGCAGGCUUUGCUGCCGUGGGAGGACAUUGGAGAUUGCUGGUGCAGCGCACUCCGAGAAGACGGCAUGGCCCAGCUCGCCGUGGAUCUCGGUCGUCUGGCCGUGCCGGAGGAGGUUGUCAUUGAACACAUACCGCGCGGAGCCAGCGUGGCCCCCGAAAGGGCUCCCAAGGAGCUGGAGCUCUGGGCGCAGUUCGUGUUCCUGGAAGGCGACGAUGCGCCGACCACGUUCCUCUCCCGCGAGGGCGACACUCUCCUCGCAAACGGUCGAACCCUGCACGAGACCCUGAUGGAGUCCUUGCGAUUCGCCUACCGCAAUGACCCGGACAGCGCCUUCUCGGAUGAUCCCAACCUCGGCCCGACCUUCUACCGCGUCGCCCGUUGGAACUACAACAUCGACGCCCCGAAUAACGUGCAGGGGUAUCAGCUCGAUGCGACGAUCGACAUCCACGGCGUGCGCGCGAACAAGGUCGUGGUUCGAAUGAAAUCGAACUGGGGAUCGCGCGAUACGACCUGUCUGUAUCGCGUACGAUUACACGGCCGUCUCUAAGUUCAGCUUUAGUUUUCUUUUGACCUCUAUUUUCUUCCUUCAUUUUUUUAUUGCAACGGCGCCUGGUUAUGGAUAUGGUCUGGUCGAGUCUGCAUUAGAAGCAGACGGUUAGCAGGCAGGCAUACACGGCGUUAUGUUUCCUUUUCUUUAUUCUUUUCUUCCUUCCUGCUAUUCUUCAUCUAAAUUACUUUCAUAUACCAUACCAUACCAGAAAGUCGGACCGGCGUUCAGAGCGUCUAGG